GAACAACUACCCGGAAAUGCACGGCUACAUGGUGAAGUUCCACCAGCGCAACGUCAACGAUGCCCUGCAGAGCCUUAAGACUGGGAAGCUGGACGCCUUCAUCUACGACGCGGCGGUGCUGAACUACAUGGCAGGACGCGACGAGGGCUGCAAGCUGGUGACCAUCGGCAGCGGGUACAUCUUCGCCACCACGGGAUACGGCAUCGCCAUCCAGAAGGAGUCCAUGUGGAAGAGACACGUGGACCUGGCCAUCCUGCAGCUGUUUGGCGAUGGUGAGAUGGAGGAGCUGGAGGCUAUGUGGCUGACAGGGAUCUGCCAUCACGAGAAGAACGAGGUGAUGAGCAGCCAGCUGGACGUGGACAACAUGGCGGGCGUCUUCUACAUGCUGGGCGCCGCCAUGGCGCUGUCCCUCAUCACCUUCAUCUGCGAGCACUGGUUCUACUGGCAGCUGCGCUUCUGCUUCAUGGGAUACUGCUCCGGACAGCCCGGCUUCGUCUUCUCCAUUAGCAGGGGCAUCUACAGCUGCAUCCACGGCGUGCAGAUCGAGGAGAAGAGCAGCUCAGGCCUCAACUCCCCGUCGGGCACCAUCAACAACACCCACUCCAACAUCCUGCGGCUCCUGCGCACCGCCAAGAACAUGGCGUCCCUCUCGGGCGUCAACGGCUCGCCGCACAGCGCGCUGGACUUCAUCCGCCGCGAGUCGUCCGUCUACGACAUCUCGGAGCACCGCCGCAGCCUGGCGGGCCACUCGGACUGCAAGCCCCAGUACCCGCCCGACGACAACAUGUUCAGCGACUACAUCAGCGAGGUGGAGCGGACGUUCGGCAACCUGCACCUGAAGGACAGCAACCUGUACCAGGACCACUACCUGCACCACCACACCGGCUCUGCGCUGGGCCUCAACGGGCCACCCGCCAACCGGCCCCUCAGCCUGGGCAGCGGCAGCUCCCUGGAGGGGGGCAUGUUCGACUGCGACAGCCUGGGCGGAGGGGUGGCGCCCAUCUUCACCACGCAGCCCCGCUCGGCGCUGACCCACCGCAACAUGAGUAAGUUCGACCUGCUGUCGGGACAGGCGCCCCCCCCGGGGCCAGGCUUCCAGGGCGGCCUGCCCGACCUGUACGGCAAGUUCUCCUUCAAGGCGGGGGCCUCCAGCUCCAACUACGUCCCCGGCCACGGCUACUGCGGCGGGCGGCCCGGGGACGACGACGGCAACGCUCGCUCGGACGUGUCGGACAUCUCCACGCACACCGUGACCUACGGCAACCUGGAGGGCAACGCCAAGAAGCGCAAGCAGUACCGCGACAGCCUCAAGAAGAGGCCGGCCUCGGCCAAGUCGCGCCGCGAGCUGGACGAGAUUGAGCUGGGCUACCGGCGGAAGCCGUACCACAUCAGCCACCACCACUACCACAACCACCGCUCGGCCUCGCCGCCUCCGCCCCUACCCGCCGAGCGCAAGAGGGGCGGCGGAGUCGGGGGCGGAGGAAUGGGGAGCAACGGGGGCAGCGCCUACAUGUUCAGAGACAAGGAGAGCGUGCGGGACUUCUACCUGGACCAGUUCCGUCCCAAAGAGGGCGUGCCCCAGUGGGAGCACGUGGACCUGACGGACGGGCCCCGGGACGGGGUGGUGGGCGGGCCGGGGCCCUGCACCCAGCUGGUCCCCGUGGACGACUUCCUGAAGAGCAAACCCAAGAAGCCCGACUCCAAGGGCGACUGGGAGUGCCGGACCUGCCGGGCGAGCUGCAGCGGGAAGCCGAUGUCGGUCCACGGGGUGGGGUAUGGCGGCGGGGUGAGCUGCGGGUCUUCGGGGGGCGGUGGCGGCAGCCGGCCGAGCUCGGCCACCUGCAUGCGGUGCGAGGGCUGCAAGAAGACGGGGAACCUGUACGACAUCAGCGAGGACAACAACCACCUGUUGGAACAGCUGGGGGGGGGCGGGGGGGGCGGCGGGCCUCAGCUCCAGCAGAGGAGGAGGAGCGGCGGCUUCGGGAAGCCGCUGAGGAGGCAGCACUCCUACGACGCCUUCGUGGACCUCCAGAAGGAGGAGCUGGCCGGGAUGGGCAACAUGCUGGGCGGGCCGGGAGGAGGCCCCGGCGGAGGCGUGAUGCUGCCGCCGCCCCGCAGCGUCAGCCUGAAGGAGAAGGAGCGCUACCUGGAGGGCACCAGCCCCUUCGCGCACAUCUUCCAGCGCCACGGCGGGUCGGAGCGGGACCGCGACCCGCUGUUCUACGGCGGCGAGAGCCACGCGGGGGGCGGGUCUCCGUUCGGCAUCGUCCGGGGCGACGGCGUCCACCGCCGCUCGGUGGGGGAGCGGGACAUGAGGGAGCGCUCUCUGAUGGAGGGAGGGGGCUCGGGCUUCUCCCUGUCCAAGUCUCUGUACCCCGACCGGGUCAACCACAACCCCUUCAUCCCCACCUUCGACGACGACCAGUGUCUGAUGCACGGGGCCAAGCAGUACUACAUGAAGAAGCAGCAGCAGCAGCAGCAGCACGGCAGCCGGGGUGACCUCAGGGCCCCCAUGGGCGUCACGUCCUACCUGCCGGCCUCGGCCACCGCGGGGGUCAUGUCCAACGUGGCCCCGCGGUUCCCCAAGGACCUGGGCCUCGGGGGCAUGAACCACCACGGCUCCAUGCUGGGGGUCGGGCCCCCCCGGCCCUUCAACGGAAGCAACGGUCACGUGUACGAGAAACUGUCCAGCAUCGAGUCAGACGUGUGA